GAAAUCCGCACACAUUCAAUCACUGAUCAGAUGAGCCAGCAGGGCAUGAGCGAUACUCUCUAAACGCGUACCAGGCGUUUUACGGCAUUGAAACAAUGAUAAUAGACUGUUUUGUAUUGAAAUAGCGAUUGGGAGUUUAUAGUUAUGAGGUGUUGGCAUCCGCUGGAUGGAUGGACAGACACUGCGUGGUAGUUUAUGAGUGAUCGGACCGGUUCAGUGUUGAACGGGUUCAGUCCGAUCUAUACAGGUCUGAAAUGAGGAACAUCACGCGUCUCUUUGGGACGACCCGACCUGAAUGGGUCUCCUGGCUGCAACUAUUGUUUUUGAUGCCCUUUUGGACCUGUUUAAAUGCACAGCAGUUAAAAAACACUAGAUGGCCACUGUAUUCUGGUAAGCCUUUGCUGUUGGCCUGGAACGCUCCUACAGAAGAUUGUAGGCCUCGACAUGACGUCAACUUCCAGCUGGAUCAGUUCCAAAUAGUGGCAUCUCCAAAUGAGGGUUUCACAAAGCAAAAUCUCACCAUUUUCUAUCAUGGCCGUUUGGGAUUGUACCCAUACUUUGAGGCAGACGGCACUCCAGUCAAUGGCGGCCUACCGCAGGCCGCCAGUCUCAUGCAACACCUAGAACAGAUGCCGGAUGGGCUCAAGAAGUACAUCAAGGACCUGACAGCCAAAGGUCUUGCUGUUAUCGACUGGGAAGAGUGGCGGCCCCUCUGGAUACGCAACUGGGGCCCUAAAGACAUUUACCGCGAGCGUUCGCGACGGUUAGUCGCUGAGAAAAACCCAACUUGGCCUCAGGAUCAGGUGGCCAAAGUGGCCCAACAAGAGUUCGAGCUCUCUGCACAGAAGUUCAUGUUGGAGACUCUCCGAUUGGCCAAGAGCUUACGGCCCCAGCAGCUUUGGGGGUUCUACCUCUUUCCUGACUGUUACAACCACAAUUACCAAAAUAACCAGAACUACACAGGACGCUGUCCGGAUGUAGAGGUGACCAGGAAUGACCAGUUGAAGUGGCUGUGGACGGAGAGUACGGCUUUGUUUCCUUCCAUAUACAUGGGAAAAGCGCUGAAGGACAAACCGUCUGGACGGCAAUUCGUACGGAACCGGGUCAAGGAGGGCAUGAGGUUGGCGUCUGUUGGGAACGGGUCAGCCAGACCUGUGUUUGUCUACACACGGCCCACUUACCUAAGCAGUACUCCAACUUCUAACGGCAACUCUCCUGAACUCCCGCUGCUGACAGAGAUGGAUCUGGUGUCGACUAUCGGCGAGAGUGUGGCGUUGGGUGUAGCGGGCGUGAUCCUCUGGGGUGACUCCAACUAUGCUAGCAGUCAUGCGACUUGUUCCAAUCUUAACGAAUACCUGCGAGGGCCGUUGGGUCGUUUGCUUAACGUGACGUCAGCCGCAGAACAGUGCAGCCGAAACCUCUGUGGAUUCCGCGGUCGUUGCCUUCGCAAAAACCCUGACACGGACACGUACCUGCAUCUCAGUCCGAACACCCACAGCAUAGAGCGCCAAGGAAACACACUGAAGGCUUUGGGCAAGAUGGGAGUGGAAGAACUGAGCCGCUUACGGGACGAGUUCCAGUGUCAAUGCUACAACGGGUACGUCGGCGACGACUGUAGUCGAAGUGAGGCCGGGAACAGUGCGACGGUGGUCUGGACCACCUUUUUGCAAGUUCUGCUGUUACCGCUCUUCUUGAUGGGGUUCCUACACUGAGGAGUUAGAACCGAUUUGAGGAAGAUUCGCUGGGCCUUCUCUUCAAGAGAUGCACGACGUCUUCGGCAGGAAGGCCCUUUGUUCGAAGGAAUUCGAAAGAAGACACGAAUGGAGCAGUUGAAAACACAAGCUUACUCUGUGGACUAAAAGUGCAGCACAGUGGCGGCUCAGUGUGGUUCUGUUCAAGUAGAUCGCCCCCUGCAGCAUGGGAGGCUGAACUGCGGCAGGUGGAAUUAAGUGUUUUUUUGUUUUGUUUUUAGCUAGACAUGAUGUUUGUGUGUGAAAGUCUUAUCUUGUUUUUAUAAAAAAAAAAAAUAAUUGAUGUGGUGUUUUCAGUUGUAUGGAGCCCCGCACAUGACACGCGAGAAAAAAAAUAUGUAUAUAGUGGCCACAAAUUAACAAUUAACUUACUAAUUACUAAACUAAUAUCUCUUGUUUUAAGUAAAUCAUGCACACAAUAUAAUAAUUUGCUCCCUUGUUUUUACUAAAUCGUGGCCAGGUUGAAAUAAUUUGUUCCCUUGUUUGUCCGCAUGUCACGUGCUGGGCUCUGUACAGCUGUCAUUCAAGACAGUUUACUUCUUUGCCUUCUUUAUACCUGCACAAAACCAGUGGUGACCUUAUUUCUGUUGUGCAUCACAUGACCAGCUCCUUAAAAGGGACAAAUGUUGUUACUUGCAACGCUGCUGCCUCAUUAAAACCUCACUUGGACUGAAUGUCAUGAAACCUGUUUUCUGUCACAUUUCACUCCAAAAUUAAAAGAAACUAGAUAAAUUACAUUUGCCUAGGGAAAAUUAAACUUGUUUGAGUAAAAUUAUGCAUUUUACUCCCAGAAAUUCUUGUGUUCAGACGUCAUUUUAUUCUCAAUGUGAUUCUCAUAAUAGUAUUGCAUUAGUUUUAUUACAGUAAAUAGAAAGUCAUGUUUUUUUUAAAUUCAACCAUAGUAGAAUAAAGGUAAUACAACAAAUACUAACAUGAGGUAUAAAAUUACAAUUUAUUACAUAUUAUUCUAUAAAUUACUAAUAUUAAAUUCAUCAUUUUAAAUUUACAAUAAAUUUUUACAGUAAUAAAAAGAUUCGAUUUUUUUUCUUUUGCAUUACAGUAAUGCGAAUGUGCUUAAUUGCCAUGAAAAUAAUGUCACAGAACAUGUUGGUCCUACAAAAUAGGUUUAAUUUAUGCAAAACCGAAGUUUUUGUCAUUUAUUUUAUUUUGAUUUGGGGUGAAAUAUGACCUUGGACAUGUUCUCAGCAGGUUUUUCUUAGAUCACUGCUGGAUAGUGAGGGAUUUUUUUUAAAAAAUCUGCCAAAAACAUGAAUGUAAAUGUCAAAUCCAGCAUACUGUGGUUCACAGAAACAUUAGAUGCCUUUUAUUUUUCUGCCUAGGUUGCACAAAACUAUUUUGAGACCGGAUUUUCCCCCUUAAUUGCUGAACUUUGCAUUUCUGUUCUUUAUUUGUGUGGGAUAAAUUGGAAAGGUUUUAUUUGUGUAUGUUUAGCAUGAAUUUUUGUCCUUGCAGCAAAACAACCAUAAAAGAUGUUUGUUUUUUUUCUUUAGUUUUCUGUUGUUUGUUAUAGUGCCUUUAAAAAGGCAUAGUUCAUCCCAAAAAUUAAAAUUCUGACAUUAUUCACUGUUGUGUUAUUUCCAAACCUGAUUGACUUGCUUUUUUUCAUAAAUAUUGACAGAAUUUUAAUUUUUGGGUGAACAAUCCCUUUACUUGAUUGUGUUAAUUGAAAGGAACCUCACUGAAACAAGUGCGGAAUUAAACUUAAAAAGUAUUUGUAUUUGUAUUCAUUUUUAUUUUUCAUACCAAAAUUACCAAAUUUUGAUACCAAAUUCUGCUUGUGCUAUCUAGAUUGUUUGGUGACUGAGUCAAGUGAAAUGCCCUAAAAGUGUUCAUUUUAUAUUUUUACAAUAAAUCUUCUAUUUAAAA